GGGCAGCUGGGCCUGGGACGGGGACGCCUACGACGAACGGCGGCCUGGGACCACCGCGGGGGAGCCGGGCCGCGACAGGCGGGAACGGGGCAAGUCUGGUCGGGAACCGGAGGUUCAGCGGGAGCCCGGAGAAGGCGCGGCCAGGGCCGCGCGCCCACCUGCGAGUAGGAGCACUUCUCGGAGUCGCUGCCGCCCAACACGGCGCACGCUUCAUUCUCCAGCUCCUCGUCCUCCUCUAGUACGUCGACCAACGAUACCACAGGCUCCAGCUCCGACUGCCGCCCCGCGGACCCCUCCGCCCCGGCCAUCCUCAACUGUCAGCGGGACCGCCGCUCGGCCCCGGCGGAGGCGGGAAAAGCGGCUGCGAGAGGCGUGGCCGGAGGAGGCGGGGCCCAGUGCUAAGAACCAAUCUCAAGGAAGGGAAGCGAAGGAAGGGGGAGGAGCAACUUCCGACAAACGGAAGUCACUCCUCUCCCUUCUCCCGCCUGCGCCAGGCUGCGCCCACCCGGGUUGACUUCCGUUUCCGGGCGGCGCUAGCAAGUUGCACGCUGUUGAAGCUCAGCGGUCGCCAUGGAGUUGUUGGCCGAGUAUAUUGGGCCGGGUGGGCAACAGCAUCAGCUGCGGGUGCCCUGUGAGGUGCCGGCCGACGCCGAUCCUUAUGAGACCCUGUUGUCUGCCUUGGCCCACAUGAGGGAGCUGGUGGUAGAACUCCUCGACCCCCUGGUAGAGCAGGAAGCGCAAGACCGGGGGGCGGCGGCUCCAGAAGAGGCCUUGGACGGUGAUGAUGAAGAUGAUGGAGAAGAUGAAAAUAACACCGAUGACAGAACUAACUCAGAUGGACCAUCUGCGAAGCGCCCCAAACCACCAUCAUAACAAAAGCUUUUAGAAAAUUUAAAAGACUGCUACUGCAUCUGAAUUAUUACACGCUGACAUUUCGGAUAGACUGCUGCUCUGAUUUGGAAAAGCAUUUGUUGUACUCCCCUAGGACAAUUUUGUCAAAGAAAAAAAUGUAUCUUCUCUUUACACCAAAGAAAGAUAAAUGUUUAGAAAUGAAACUGUUUUCCUGAGUAAGAAAUAAAUGUCAUAAUAUGAAAAUAACUAGAACAUUUACUGAUACAUAAAAUCCUCUAAGUUGGCAACGGAAUUUCUAUUGUUUCCUACUAUUUUUAGUAACCAUUGAAAUAAAUUGUGUGACGUCUCCAUCUUC